AUGUAUUGGCAGUUCAUCAAUAUGGCUAGCGGCUCGCACUUGAAAGUUAGCACCGGCCUCAGAAGCUGUACCAUGGACGUUACGGCCACAGAUCCCUUCCUUGUGAAAGAUCAAAAGGUGGUCUUACUGGAUACUCCCGGUUUUGAUAACACAAACGCAUCGGAUUUCGAUAUACUAGAAGAAAUUGCACGAUAUAUGACCAAAACGUACGUCUCCAGCUCCCUUCUUAUUUCGAGUGCUAACAGAGAAAUUAGAUACAAGAAAAGGCGAUUACUCGAUGGGAUACUGUAUUUCCACAAUAUCGUGGAUAACGUGAUGGGAGCAAAAGCACAGCGCAACCUACGAGUAUUUCAAAGUCUCUGUGGGAACGAAUCCCUCAAGGCAGUUGUAGUAGUCACUAACAUGUGGGGGCUAAUACCUAAUAUGGAUUUAGGAGUCGCACGAGAGAAGGAGCUGGCAGAAGAUCCAGUUUUCUUCGGACAGCUUCUUCGAAAUGGUGCAGGGCUCAGGAGACAUACUGGUACUAGAGAAUCUUCGCAUGAGAUACUUUCAUCUCUGCUUUUCAAAGGAGAUAAACAAGAGGUACUGAACAUCCAGACCGAGAUAGUGGAUCGCAAACUUCUGCUGGAACAGACCUCUGCCGCGGUAGAGCUGAUUAAAGAGUUUGAUUCUAUAAUUCGAAACCUGGUGUGUCCAGUAAGAUUAUUCUUCGAUCACCGACGACAAAAGCUUGACUGGCUUCCACAAGCUCG